UCUGUCGCAACGGGCAGGACACGCCCGUGGUGCCCAAUCCCCGCGGGGGGGCGGCUCCCAGGGCCGGCAGCAGCGCCCCCCGCCCGCCCCACAGCACAGCGGGAUCGCGACCCACACGGCAUGGGGGGCCCAGGCAGCCUCCUCCUCCUCCCCCUCCUCCUGCUGGGGGGCGCUGAGUCACGGUCGCACUCCCUGCAGUACUUCCUGACGGCCGUCUCGGAGCCCGGCCCAGGGGUGCCCGAGUUCACCGUGGCCGGCUACGUGGACGGGCAGUGCUUUGUGGAGUACGACGGCGAGGCCCAGCAGAUGCGGCCCCGGGCGCCCUGGAUGCAGGAGACCCAGCCCGAGGUCUGGGAGCGGGAGAACCACGUCCACAAGGUGCGUCAGGCCUGCUUCCGGGGCAAGGUGCGGAGCCACAGGCACCUCUACAACCAGAGCAGGGGCUUCCACAUCUUCCAGUACGCCUACGGCUGCGAGAUCCGGGCCGACGGCAGCACCGGGGGCUUCCGGCGCUUUGGCUACGACGGGGGCGACUUCCUGAUCUACGACGCCACCCGGCACCGCUGGGAGGCUCCCGCCCGGGAGGCCGAGGCCACCCAGCGCCGCUGGAACGGGGACCCGGUCGCCCUGCAGUACUAUCGCCACUUCCUGGAGCGGGAGUGCGUGGAGGCCCUGCAACGCUACCUGCAGCUCGGGCAGGGGGCGCUGGCCAGGCGGGAGCGCCCGGCCGUGCGGGUCACCGGCAGAGACGCCCCCGGCGGCCCCACCACCCUCUGCUGCCGGGCCCACGGCUUCUACCCCCGGGACAUCGCCCUGAGCUGGCUGCGACACGGGGGGAGCAGCGAGCAGGAGACGGGGCGAGGGGGGGUCCUGCCCAACGGGGACGGGACCUACCACGCCUGGGCCACGGUGGAGAUCGACCCCCGGGAGAGAGGCCUGUACCGCUGCCGUGUGGAGCAUGAGAGCCUGGCCGAGCCGCUCAUCACCGGGUGGGAGCCGCCGUCCGAGUCGCUGCUGGUCCCGGUGGUGGCGGGCGUGAUCCUGGCCCUGGGGGCGGUCGCCGUGCUGGCCGGCCUGGCCUGGAGGAGGAGGCAGUCAGGGCCCAAGGCGGAUCUGUACUCGCCGGCGCCGGCCAGCGAGCAUGGAUCGGACAGCUCCAUCACCGCUCUAACGUAGCCGAUCGGAGCCGGAGGAGACUCCAGACUGUGAAGACACGGACUGAUCGGGGGGGCUCCAGCCCCCCAGCCCCUCCUCAGCGUUAUCUCCCUGUUACUCCUGGCGUAGGGCCUCGGAGCUGUGCGAGGUGAACAGCCCCACGUCUCCUGAACCUCCCGCCUCCCUGGGACCCACUGCUGGGGCUGCCUGCCCCGUGCUCUGCGUGUCGGACGCGCACUGGGCAGCCCCGAUGGGCACGGCCGGCCCCAUUCACUGCAUGGUUUAUUUCAUGUGUGAGUCCCUCGGGGCAGGGACCGCGGCCUCCUUAUCUCUGGGGUGCACGGAGCCCCCGCCCAGCAGCCACUGGGGGAGGGCCGGUCACGUGGAAAACCGCAAUUUUUGGCCCCAAACUGAACAUUUCUGGCUGAAAACCACCAAAUUUCACGUGGCGAAGCUGCCGCCGUCGCCCGGGGGAGCUGGAGUUCGGGUGCCCCGCGCUCCCACUCGCUGUAGGCCGGGCUCCCUCGGUGCAUCAUGGGAGUCCCUGCUGGUGGGAGCAGUGCGGUCUGGGAGCCAGGACUCCUGGGUCCUAUUCCCAGCUCUGCUGCUGGCUCGCUGUGAGGCCCUGAGUGAUUCCUGUCCCCGCUCCGUGCCUCAGUUUCCCCCUCUUGAAAACAGGGAGAAAACUUUACUUCCUGUCCUGAGGGGGGGGGGGGGCUUGUGAGGGUGCCUGUUACAGGGCCUUGUCCCAUAGGUAGGUGUGUGUGUGUGUGUGUGUGUGUGUGUGUGUGUGUGUGUGUCUCUCUCUCUCUCUCUCUCUCUCUGUUUAAAGCACUUUGAAGACAGUUUGUCACAGCACCCAGCAGUGGAGGGAGGAGGGUUCUGGUGCUGCUGGCACUGGGUGGACCCGCAGAACCGGGGUCUGACCCGCUGCCGUCCCUACCCCAGCCCCAGGCACAAACUCCUCGCUGGGCCGUGUGCGUUGUCCCCGGGAUACAGACACGGCCCUUUCUGUGCUGCCCUGGGAGUGCGUCCGGCGCGGGGGCUCCGUGGACCCUGGGCCUGCAGCUGCGGGUCUGUCCCGUGUCUGCGGCUGGGGGUCUGGCAGCUGGUGUGUGUGUUCUCGUCGGCGUGAGACGGACCCGCCAGAGACUGUCACGCUGCUGUUAAAAUCAGCUUUUCAUUCACUAUAAACGUCGACACAAAAUUAACCAAAGUGGAAACGACCCAUUUUUACCUCGUGGAAAUGAACCGUUCGGCCGCGUCAGGCGAUAACGAGGGAUGGUUCGUUUUGCCGUUUGCCCUGGUACCACACAGUUCACUGAAAUCACCCCGUUCCCCGGAGCAUUUCCCUUCUCAUUGGUCGCAUUUCUCAAUGCACCAAAUCUUUGUAAGAUGUUUUCUAGCCCUGCUGGCACCUGGCAACCACAACACCCCUAGGGGCUCGAACCCGGAGGGUGUUUAAACAGAACCGGGAGUUUGAAAAUCCUCCGUGGUUUUUUUUAAGCUGAUCUCAAAUUUUCAGGGGCCCAGCUGGUGAUUUCCGACCCCUCGGAGUUACGGAUAUAAGCGUUGCUCCUCGGCGACCCCCCAGCUGCGCUCUCGGGGCGGGCUCCUCAGCGGUGGAGAUCAGCGUGGCCACGCCGGGGCGAUGGAGCUCAGUUACCCCAGCGGGAGCGCUGGCCCCUCGGUGCUGGUGAUGCUCCGUCUCCCGCUGUGCGGCGUGGGCAGAGCUGUGUGUGCUGAGGGGCGCCAUUGCAGGCUGGCUUUGAGGUUGGGUUUUCCUCCCCCAGGCCUGCUCGUCGCUCCCCGUCGCCCAGCCUGUGACGAAGUGGGGGAUUUUCUUGUUUUUUCCAACACACCUGUGACGAACUGGGACUGUUCUCAAUGUUUUCUCUGAAUACUGUGUGGGUGCCUCAGUC